CACGAGCUUGGCCGCAGCCCGAGGCCCCGCUGCUCCUCCGCCUUCCGGUGUGAGGCCCGGGAACCUCCUCCCCUCCCGGGCGCCCCCACCGCCGCGGCCCAGACGCCGCGUGGCCCCUCCUUCUCUGGGGGGGAACGAGGCGACGGUUGCCGGGAAGCGCGCGCCGCCCCUUCUCCCUCCUCCUUUCACGCGCCACCCGUUUUUCCUCUUUCUCGGUUAAUAACAGCUGGGUAGCUGGGGGAGGAGGGAAGGUGGCCCCGGCGGAGUCUGGGCGGGCGCCUCCCACUCACCCGCGAGCCGCCGUGGGAGCUGGAGGAUGGCGGCUGUAGCGGCGACCGCCCGGGAGGAGGCGGUGCCGAGGCCGGGGGCGCAGAGCGCGGUGGCAGAGAGCGGCAGCGGCCCGUCGUGGCGCACCAGAACCGAAACCAGCGGCCGCCGCACCGUCACCUGAGCCACCUCCUGCGCCGGAUCCAGCGAGCGGCGCCCGCCGCGGCCGAACCAGGCCCUCCUCCCUGUCACCUCACCUCCUGCGCCCAGUCAGGUCGCCGGCCUCGCCCGCCGCCCCGAGGAGAAAAGCGCGCCGCGCGCCGACCGCCCCUCGGGGCGCCGGGCGGUGGCCCUGGACGUGCGGGGGCCCCAGGGGGCCGGCCGCGGCGUUUCGGCCCUGCCCUCUCGCUCCUCGGCUCGCUCCCUCCCUCCCGGCGCUCGGGGCCCUACGCGCGGGCCCGGCCCGGGGCAGGGCGGACAUGGGCGCCAAGCAGAGCGGCCCGGCCGCCGCUAACGGCCGUACCCGUGCGUACUCAGGCUCGGAUCUACCUUCCAGCAGCAGCGGAGGGGCCAAUGAGACCGCGGGCAGCGGCGGCGGGGCUCGGGAGGCGGCCGCUGGCAGGUUUCCGGCUCAGGUGCCUAGUGCACAUCAGCCCAGCGCAUCGGGCGGCGCAGCGGCGGCCUCGGCAGCCCCGCGCAGCCGCUCCCUCGGCGGGGCCGUGGGGAGCGUGGCGUCGGGGGCCCGAGCCGCGCAGUCCUCCUUCAGCAUCCCCAACAGCAGCAGCGGUCCGUACGGCUCGCAGGACUCUGUGCACAGCAGCCCCGAGGACGGCGGCGGCGGCAGGGACCGGCCGGCGGGCGGGGGCCCCGGCGGGCCGCGCCUGGUGAUCGGCUCCCUCCCAGCUCACCUCUCGCCGCACAUGUUUGGAGGAUUUAAGUGCCCUGUAUGCUCAAAAUUUGUACCCUCUGAUGAAAUGGAUUUGCACCUUGUGAUGUGUUUAACAAAGCCAAGAAUAACCUAUAAUGAGGAUGUACUGAGUAAAGAUGCUGGGGAAUGUGCAAUAUGUCUUGAAGAAUUGCAGCAGGGAGAUACUAUAGCACGACUGCCUUGCCUAUGCAUAUAUCAUAAAAGCUGCAUAGAUGAAUGGUUUGAAGUAAAUAGAUCUUGUCCUGAGCACCCUUCAGAUUAAGCAUCAGAUUCCUGUUUUAUAGGAUGCUUGAAAAAUCUAGAGGAUUUGAGGAUCUGUCUCUGGAAAAACAAAAAUGCAGGCUUACUCAGCCAGAAAUCUGAGUUCUGUGAGACUUGGUAAUACAGAGAUGGACAAUCACACAAGAAAAAAGAAAAAACAUCCUGCUGAAGAGAGGACAGUAACCACAGAACUCAGUGUACCAAACUUGCAUAUAAGGGACACACAGGGAUUUUGAAAAUGCUGCACAUCCCUUAAUAGUCAUCUACAUAGGUAAUACUGAUGAACAUUUUGUAUUCAGACGCCAAAGUUAACUGAUUUAAAAGUUGAUUUACUUUUUAUUCAGUUCUCUAGAGCUGCGCAACUAGCUGUGUUUUGAUUUGUUUUGUUUUGUUUCUUUAAUUUGGGGUCUCUUUUAUUUCCCCCAACAUAAUGUUUUUGCAUUCACUUAUUCUUAAAUUGAAAAACCAUAUAAGUUACUUCUCAUAAAGUCUUAAAUGUGAAACCAAGAAAUGUAAUCAAGCAGUAAAACAUUCUCUGAAUGUAGACCAUGAUCUCAAGUUCUUCCAUUUUUUCCCCCAAGUGUGGAAAACUAAUUUCUACAUAGGAAAACUAAAAUAUGUUUGUUUUUAAAUUAAAGGUUUAAAUAUUAUCAGAAUGCUGCCCAAAGAAUAAAUCAAGUUACAUAAUUACAUUUAAAUUAAAUAAAUGUAGAAAUUGUCUACUGAAUUGUAGUUUAUAAAAUAUAUUGUUUCCUCUUAAAUAAAACUGCUCAACAUUUAAUCAGCAAUCAUCUUGCAGCUAUGCAACUUUUAAAAUAAUAUAAAUUAUUCAUUUUAAGUGCUGCCAGCUAUAAUAACUUUUGUUUUAACGGGUAUUUUUUUUUCUUUUUUCAUGUGAUUAUUUUAUUGUACUUUGCAUCUCCAGGCAGUUUUCCCACAUUUGGGUAAAAUGUGUAGCAGAGCAUAAGCUUAAAAUUUAUGAAAAAGGGUAAAACAGAAAUUUCUGAAGUGGAAGUUGGAAUAAUUUGAGGGGUAUUUUAUAUACCUUUAAACAUCAGGAUUUAAAAUUGGGAUGUCAGGUUUAUAGCAAUUCACACCUUUAAUUUUCCAGAUAAUCUGGAAGUUAACAUUUGAUAAAUGAUUUUUUAAAGCAAAUACAAAGAUUUUGUUAAUUUAUAAUUUAUUAAUGUGUUAUUACUCUUAUUGAAAAUGUUAAGAGACUUUUAAAUUGCGCCUUGUGUAGAAAAAAUAAUGUAUUAAGCAAAAUUAUGUGAAUAAAUAUUCCCCCCAAAUAUAUCUGAAUGGUUAAAAAUACUGGAAGAGAGCUAUCAGGGCUACAAUAGUGAAUGUCUUUUUAAAAAAAUAUAUAUCAACAAUAAGUAGAUUUUGCAUUUUCAACAUAGGGAAAAUGUUAUCAGUAAAUAUUUAGGCAGUGCACUUUACUUAGUUUAAUUGAGAGUUGCACAAUACUGUUUCCUUAUUUUAAGCUCUCUUUAAUGUAUUUAAGUAUUUGCUUUUUAAUUUAACUCUGCUGCUCUUAUUUUCCUUUAGUUUGUUUCCCUACUCUAUUGCUUCUGUUUCAUACUUUCUAAAAGGGCAAGUACAGGAGCAACUGCUGCUACCCAGAAAAAUUUGUGUAUUAUGAAUAAUUAAAAUAAUUUUUAAUUGCUUUCUGUAUGAUUUCAAACUAGAUAACAUUUUCCCUCAAGUUAUGCUGUGAAAAAUGCCAUUUGUUAUGCUGCAAUUGCUGCAAAGAAUCCAAAACCUCCAUUGUGUCAGCCAACAGCACAGUUUCAUAGGUGCUUUUUUUUAGUAGUUGUAGAAAAUUAUUUUCCCUCAAGGGAAACAUUCUUAAAUUUUUUUCAUAAAAUCUUAGUUUGAAUUUAUUUCACAUUUUCAAUUGUGUAAGCUUUUGCACCCUCCCCUCAUGUACUCCCCCAAGGAAAGCCUCUUAGACUGUGAAUAAUUAAUUUGUUUUCUACUACUGGUAUAUUGUGAUAAGAAUUACUUUGUUGUCUUCCAUUCUUAAGAGAUUUAUUAUAGCUGUGGUAAUUAAUUGUUUAUAUUCUGGCAGUUGAUUUUCUGAUAUAGCUUACUUGUAAACUUUACUUUUUGAACUGUACCGGCUUAAGUUCACUUUUCCUUGUUUACCUUGUCCCAUAUUCUCAGUCUUAAUAAUUUAGCCUAUGUCUAUCAUAAGGCUGUGUGCUGCAGCUGCUACAAUUGAAGCUCCUGGGAUUUUAAAGAAAGUUUAGUGUUUGUCACUGUCGAUGCUACUUGAUUAUUAAUGUUUAUAUAUAGAAAUUUUUACUGAAAUCUGUUUAAAACAACCCCUUUUUGUUAACAUUUACAAAGUAGUUAUUUUUUAUUUUAAAUUCAAUCUCUAAUGACUUCUUAGAAUGAAGAAUUUAGGGAAAAGGAGGCGGGGGGAGGGGUAAGCUCAAAUGCUCCAGUUUUUAUUCAAAAUCAAAGUUAUUAUUCUGGAAAAUACUAUAAGUGUUAGUCUAUAAUGUCUCUUAUAAUAUUUGCAGUCUGUAUGCAAACACUGAAUAGUAUAAGUGGGACAUAAAAUUAUGUUGGAUAUUUAAAUAUUCAGCUGAAACUACUGAACACUAAAUAUUAUGGAAAUUAAAAGCCUGGAUUAUCAAGUUGGUUUAUAGCUUUCUAGAAGAAUCUUUGUAAGUACUCAUCUUCAAAUAAGGUUACAUGUGCAUAUAUAGAAAGCAAUAUGUUUUUAAAUUUCACUUUAGUGCCACUUUUUGUCCAUAAUGGAUUUAUUGCCAAUUUGACAUACUACUUUGAUCCAUCUUUUUUUUUUCUGUUUGCCAGAAUGUUUAAAACAGAAAAAUUGUUUUGUCUGACUCUUUACCAGAGAAAUAGUAGACUAACUAUAGUCUUCAUAUGUUUUGCAGAUUUAGUUACAAAUCAUAUUAUAUAUUGUUUUAAGAGCCAUGUUUAAGAUUGAAAUAUAAACAAUUGUUUCUAUAACUGAUUUUUGGUGAUAAAAGAAACAUUGAAAAGUCAUGUUGUUAACUGCUGCAUAAUAUAUAGGUUUUGGUUUCUUAAGUGCAAAUCUUAUAUUUCUUUUAAAUGUUGUAUGAUUAUUUCAGUUUUUACCCACUAGAAUGUAGCCCCAAAAUGAUGAGGACCACCUUAGCAUAUCUGCAGUAUAUAUUAGAUUUCAUUUUCAAUGAGUUAAUGAAAAUGGAAGAAUUCUUUUCAAAGCUUAUUUGACUCAUGGCUGUGUUUCUAAGUAAGGGUAUGGUGAAGUUUAAGGGCAAUCAUUUACAUAUUAUAGCAAGACAUAGGGUUAUUCCUUUAAGUGAAAAAUACUGUAAAUUCAAUGUAAAUACUAUCUACUUUUAUGUACUGACUUGGAGAGUGGAAGAUGGGAAUUUUCUCAACAGUAAGCUACAUUUGAACAAAGCAUGAAACUUUUUUAAAAUUCAAGAAUAGUUGGAUUUAUCACCUAAUUUAUACCCACACUAUGCAUUGGUAAUAAUAUCCAAAUUAUCUUAUUCUUUCACAGAGGAAGUUUCCAUUUAAAUCAGAGUGUUGGAAACUGUGUAAAACUACUUAGAGGUAAAUGGUGCUUAUUAAAUAUGAGUACAAUUUGUUAGUUGCUAGAAGUCUUCUAGUUCAUUUGGGCCAUUUUCUUGCAAUUUUGAUUUAUACUGAAGUAAACUCAGUAUAUAGUAAUAAUGAGUAAUUAAACAUGAAGUGUCAUUUGUUCACUGUACCUUGUUAUUAUACAGAUAUUUUCUUAGUUUAAAACAAAAACAAAAAAACUAGCAUGUCUGUGCUUUGUUUUUGGCCCAUCCUCCUAUUUUUCCUAAGGUACGUAACUUCCGAUAUAUAUAUUUUUUGCAAUGUUGUAAAUAACAGUGAUUAUAUUAUUCAUUUUACUAUCUACUGUCUUUCCUUCUUUACCCAGAUCUUUUCAUUGUAAAACUGAGUUGCCACUUGGUUUUCUUCAAAGGAAAGUGCUACUUGGUAUACUACAAGUAGUGAUUCAUAUUCAGGACAGCUGGUAAAACAUUUUUGGUAAUAACUUCCCAAACAGUACUUGAGUACCAUAUUCUGUGAAUGCUGUGCUUAAGCUAGGAAACAGAAUGUUUUUUCAAUCACCCAAUUCCUGUAUUAAAUGGGAAAUACCUGAACUCCUAAGUUAACUGUGGACAGUAAAAGGCUUUGACAAAACCAGGUGUAUUUAAUUAUUUAGUUUUAGCUGAAAAUGCAAUGUUACUGUACUUAGAGGAAUUGUUUGAUUUUCAGUUAUUUAAGCCAUUAUUAAUUUUAGACCAAUGGCUAAUAAUGAGAUAGAUUUUUGUUCAUAGAGAGAGAAUAGCAUGACAUGAACUAACAUUUCAGAAAUAAAUGGAAACAUUUUAAGUGAUACUAUAGUAACUUUUAACCACACUAUGUUUCUUAGCUCUGCCCUAGACAGUGAGGUGUACCUGUCACGGACACUGCCUCUUGGCAUCAGAAGUGACUGAGUUCUUCUGUAAUUAAAUGUUCAUGCUUUCCUUUUCUGAUUUGGUAUGUUGAAAUUGGUGAGCACUGAUCAUUUGUUUGAUAAACUUACAGUGCUGCCUUGUAUCCUGUUAUCAGUAAUCUUGGUUUCAGUAUUUUGAAAAUGUUUCAUUAUUAUUCGAUUUUGAGUAUUUGGGUGCAUAUAAUAGAGUUAGCAUACUCUAGAGGGAGAUACAAAAAGUACAUUGGAAUUUGAUGAUGAUACUGAUUAUCACUUCAUUACAUUUCUUUCCAGUGACUCUUUAUGUGAGUUUCAUUGUUUGAAAAUCAUGGUAAUGAUAGGAAUUUAUUUACCUCUGUUGUUUUAUUGCUUUAUCCAUGGUUUCCACAACUCUUUUGUAAUACCUCUUAAUUUCCUCUAUUUGAAAGUAUUUUUCUGUUAAAUAAGUUACAAAAAGUACCAGUCACAACAAAUAGAGAAAAUGUAUUAGGAACAACUUGUAUUAGUGUGUUCUAAACUAAAAUGGAACAAUUCAUUAUUGAUAUUUUAAUAAAUAAACUUCCAAAUGAUCUUGCUAAAUUAUCCCAUUAUUUAGAAGUGAAGAAAAUAAUGCUUUUAAGGAAAAUCGUCAUAUUUCCUUUGUCCAUAAGUUGACAGUAUAUUAUAAUAAAACUGAGAAAUAUCUGAAUGCUGAAAAGUUA